UUAUUAUUAUUUCAAUGAGGCUUUCAUAUUUUCGUGAAUUAUUCAAUUCAAGCCUGAGUUUAGAACCGCGAAUUUUGAAAAAGCUGAAACUGUGUGAAAAGGUGUUGUAAGUCUAGAUAAUCGAGAUCAAUCCAGUCACUGAAAAGCUUUGAGUAAAGGAAAUAUGAGCAGGGAAAAUGAUCUAGUUGAAAUACUUCGUCAACAUGUUACCCAUGUUGAGGUAACAGGUGCUAACACUAACAACGCACCAGCUAUCCAGGAUGAAAAUCAUGAGAACACGGCAACCACACAUGUUCAGCUAGAGCUUGAAGACAUGAAUGAUAAUAGUGCACAAGGAUUUCCAAUCGAUCAAACCUGGAGAUUCACACCAUCACCAACUAUAAACCAUGAUGAUCAAUCAGCCAAAAUGUAUCCAAAUGCAACUGAACUGAAUCAAAAUAACCUCAUGGUCUUAGCGCGGCUUUUCCCACAGCAUAGGUCCAGUCAACUGCAAGCAAUACUGGAUCGCUGCGGUGGUGAUGUCAUCAGAACUGUUGAGAACAUCAUGAAUGUGCAUGAAUACCACAAGAGACUUAUAGAAAAGGCAAGACAACUUUUCCAAACCAGUCGCAGCAUUGGACCAUGUGAUUUGCUCAUUAGUUCGGCUCUCGAGAAUACAACAUACGAUACACAAUAUCUGAGUGAUAGAACUCGUCAAAAAAGUCCUGACAUUGAAGACGAUUCCACACAGAAAAAACUCCUGAAAUUCAUCCACAAGCUUCUAUUCAAGAUGGAUAUAUAAAUGAGAAUGAUGAAGGACAGAGUAGAGAAAAAUUUUAAACUUUAGGGGAAACUUGGCAUAUUCACAUGGUGCCAAAACCACAUGAAAGCUCAACAUGUGUGGAGAGAUGAACAGUAUAAUUACUAGUCUAGAAACAAACUGACAAACAGCUAAUAAUAAUUGCUAAUGGAUCUGGUGGGGCAAGAAGUUCCUCACCAGUGGUCAGUGAAGCCAUUAAUUUCUACACUGUUGAUUUAAUCAAAGCAAUAAUUCCCUUAUUGAUUCAAGUGAAGUGAACAAUUAAUUCAGUGAAGCCAACAGUGACACAAGGUUGUUGAUCCAUGGCAGUAAUACACAUGGAUCAAAGAUAUUAAAUGUAAACUGAAAAAUAGAAAUUGUUCCUUCAUUUUUGAUAUUCUUUCUAAACUCUUUAUGUCAUCUAGAAAUGUGGUUUUAAAAAGUGUUUAUUAACUUGAAAAAAUAUUCUUUGAAAAUAUGACUUCUUGGUCAGAGAUUCCCCAUAGAUCACAUGUUAUAAAAUCAUUGGACAGAUAUUUUCUUUUACUGGACAUAACUUGUCUAACUAACUGAUACAUAAGGGUGAUGGUGAAUAUUCAAGUUUAAAGGAACAUUCAAUUAUAUCUGCCAUGCUAUCUGCCCCGAAUUAGCCACCUGGUGGUGA